GGACCCUCAAUAAAACCAUAUACAUAUCUCCAACACAUCUACAAAAGUCCUGACUGGCCAGCUAAAUGCCAGUCUAAUGGAGAGUGGUUUGUUAGUCACAACUAUGGACUACUUUGAGGAUGACCUGUAUGACAUCCUUGUGAAGGGGAAACGCAAGUCGCUAAAGGAGUAUCUAGAUAGAGGUCUGGAUGUGAACCAUGCCUUCCGCAGCACUGACCGUCCCGACCGUCUCGGUAAAACCCUUAUAGAGGUAGGGGUCCAGGAACAGCAGAAAGGGGUUGUUGAAGAGCUCAUAAGUAAUAAAGCAAAUGCCAAUCUAAAAUAUGUGGUGGAUGUUAACAACUAUGCAUAUACAUUGAGGGAAUAUAAAAAGAAUGAUUGUUUAAAGCUUACAGGCAUGUAUACAUGUAUCGUCAAAAACCAGGUAGAGAUGAUCAAGUUAUUGGUUCAGGGUGGAUACAAUGUUAACAACCACGAUGACCGUGGCUGUACAUGUCUAUGGCAUGCUGUUGAUUUGAAUAAUUAUGAAAUGGCAAAGGCCAUUCUGAUGUCCAAAGAUUGUGAUGUGAAUGUGAUGGACACUGCUCUUCUCCGCCCUCUACAUAUAGCUGCUAUGCAUGGUAACCACAAAAUUAUGUCACUGUUGAUCAGACGGGGUGCUCGUAUUGAUGCUGUCCAACUACGAGGAUGGACAGCUUUGAAUCUGUCCUGUCGCACUGGAUGUGUACCCACCACCCGAAUGUUGCUGUUGAAUGGUGCUGACCCAAAUCAUACCGCUUAUAAUGAACAUACACCACUUUCCAUGGCUCUACAAUUUUGUGAGGACCGACAAAUUCCAGAGUUGCUGCUGGAAGCAGGAGCAGAAGUAACACUAUGUUUGAUGAAGAAGUGCAAAGAAGAAAAAAUGGCAAAUUUGUUACUGAACCCUGACCUCUUUGACAUAAUGAAGUUCAUGUCAGAGACACCAAGAACUCUCAGGACUUUGAGUUGUCUUAGAAUUAGGAAAUCUCUGAUCCACUCUUCAUCAGAUCUCCACAUCAUAAAAAAAGUGGAGGGCUUGCCUCUUCCCAAGCUUAUCAAGGAAUACCUAUUAAUGGCUCACUUAUAA